AUAACGUAAGAAUUUGUAAAGUUUUCCAGCAUGCCUCUCCCUGCCCCUACAAUGAGUAAGAGAGAAGCAGAGGGCCGCCUGCAGGUCCUCCAGAUCUACCGCUUGCUGCAGUGGGUCCACGAAGGGGAUAAGGUGCAGAUAGAGAAGAUGGUGAACCUUGGGGUGGAAAACCUCAUAAAUCUCGCUGAGCCACAGGAUGGCACAGGGGUGCUUCACGUAGCAGUUUCAGCCAACAACCGAGACCUGGUCAGCUUCCUUCUCUCUCAUGGAGCACAACCCAACAUCCAGGACAAGAAGGGCCGCACCCCAAUCAUGUUAGCUGCUGAGCUGGGCAAUGACACUAUAUUGGCACUGUUGGCACAAAGCCAUGCUGACCUGAGGCUCGAAGACGCUGAGGGCAAAGGUGUGCUAUUCUACUGUAUGUACCCUACCAAGCGCCACACCCGCUGCUUGCAGUUGGCGCUGAGGUGCCAGGCAGAUGUCAACAACAUGUCAGCACAGGGGACUCAUGUCUUCCAGCUGAUGUGUGAAAAAGCUUCAGAGUGCACCCCCAUGUGUCUCAUUAUGCUGGAUAGUGGGACAGACCCCAAUGCAACAAACCAGAAAACUGGCAUCACAGCGUUGAUGGAGGCAGCCAAGGCAGGCUCUGUGCAGCUUGUGAGAGCCAUUCUCAAGGCAGGGGGACACCCCAACUCCCUGGACUGGAAGCGCUUCACAGCAGUGCACUACGCCGCCAUGGGGGGCUUUUUUGAGGUGAUUCAGGUGCUGUCUGCAUACUCAGCAGACAUGGGCGUGAUUAACCUUGAAGACUGUACACCCCUACACUACGCCGCUGCCACGGGCAAUGCUAACUGCUGCAAGUUCCUGGCACAGAGAGGUUGUAACCCCAAACUAAAGAACCAAGAGGGUUCGCUGCCACGUCAGAUUGCCAAAGACGCUGGUCACAAAGCAGCAGCCAAGGAGCUGAGGAAAGCUGAGAAGCAACAGGGAAAAGGCAACAAAUCCAGUGGAGUCGGCCUCAUGUCAGAUUUCUGGGCCCUGACCCUCCAUGACUGGUCUUACGAGUAUGAGACUGAACUACGGCAAGAGUUUGGGGACAAAUCUGACACCGUUACCUCAGAGAUGUUUAUUUCAGUGUUAGAGGAACUAAAAGCUCCAGUAGAAUCAGAACAGCUGCAAACAGUCAUUUCAGCACACGACAAGGGAAAAGAUGGAUGUGUCAACAUUAGUGAUUUCCUCAAAGGUGUCAAGUACAUCAAGAAACCUUUCCUCCUCUCAUCUUAUAUGCCGAAAAAGAAAAAGGAGAAGGGAGGAAAAGGAGGUAAGAAGAAGAAGGGUAAAUUUGAACUCCCAAUGCCCAUUUGCACCCUCCCACCGGAGCUCAUGCCCCGGCGAUCAGACGGAGGCCCACCUAACUUCAUGAUCGAGACAUACUACAACUGCUCAGACAUCUCUCGAUUCGACCGUGACCACCCACCAGAACAUCCCAUAAUGAAUGACUCGGGAUGGUACAUGGAGAAGCCCGAGAAGAUCUACGUCAACAUCAACUACUGUGUAAAAAGUGGAGAUCUGGAGUCUUUGGACCUCGCAUUCAGUCAGGGGGUUCCUGUUGAUGUUCAGGAUCAGUUAUAUAAAACCCCGCUGAUGGUGGCCUGCUCCAGUGGCAACUACAAGGUGGCUCAGUACCUCCUCAGCCGGGGGGCUGAUGUAAAUGCGUGUGACCAGUUUCUCUGGACGCCGCUGCACCAUGCGGCUCAUGCUGGACAAGUGGAACUUAUUGAUCUUCUGGUGAAUGCCGGGGCCGAUGUAGAUGCUCAAGCCCUCAGUGGGGGCACACCCCUCAUGAGGGCCAUUGAGAGCUCUCGACCCUCCUGUGUGGACUUCCUCAUCAAGGCCGGUGCCAAUGUUAAUGCGGAGAACAAGAAAGAACAAAACUGCCUUGACAUCGCUAGAGCAUUUGCAGACUCCAGGAUAAUUGACUUGGUCAAAGACAAAAUGGAUUCACAGCCUAAACCAAAGGAGGCAGUAAAGGGGAAGGGAGGCAAAGCUCAGAAAACUAAAUCUGCUAAAGAGAAGGGCGUUGCUGCAGAAGGUGCAGUGCACACAGAGACGUCGACUUCAACAGCAGGGAAGACUCCUCAGAAGGAUUCAAACAGCAUCAUCCUGCAAAACACCAGGAUCACUACAAGGAAAACCAACUCUACGGAUAUCACCUUUGUGCCAAAGACGCUUUGGGGGAAGCCGCCCACCACCAGCCAGCUGAUGUCAAAGAUAGAGAGACGGAAGGAGCCCUUAUCCCUCGAGGUGGACUUUGACGACUUCAUGAUGCCUUUCAGCCAGAACAUCCAGAGGACGACGCUGGAGCUUGCAAAGACCACAGACUAGACUGGAAGUAGGUUAGACAGAGAGAGACACUCCACGGCCACCUGCAACAAUUAUGGACAUUCAAUUUAUUUUGGAUUAAUCUAUUUCCAUAACAGCUUCCUUUAAUCGACACAGUUGGACAACAUGUUACUAAACCUCUUACUUUUUAAUCCUGUCAUUUAGUAUCAGAAUUUGAAACACCAUUACAUACAGUACAUGUAUAGUUUCCAUCAUGCUAAUCUUAAUUAGGUAAAAUCUGCUUUUAUUAACAAUCAAAUAGCAAAACAAUAAUAUGAAUGUAAAUAAUCAAUUAAAAAAUAGAUUUCUUAGGUACACACUGUUAAGUCCUGUAUAUCCACAGUGCUCAGCAGGGACUGUUUGUGUCUCUUGGCAACUGUCAAACA